CAAACCCGCGCUCUCGUCCACGCCCCUUCUUGGUUUUCACCACCACCGUCUUCCCGCCCUUAAGCCCUGAUAGCCAACAUGGUCUCCGCGCUCAGCGUCGUUGCUCUCUCUGGACUCGCGUCGCUCGCUGCGGCAAGGGAUAUUUGGAUUCAGGUCGGCGGGAACACGUCGGACAACGCGUCCGCGGUCUUCCAGCCGCAACAGGUCACUGCGCAGUUGAACGACAUCGUUUUCUUCAACUUCACACAAGGAAAUCACACUGUGACGCAGAGCCUGUUCGCCUCGCCCUGCAUUCCCGCCAAUCUCGCCAACUCGACCAUCAACGGGUUCGACUCUGGCUUCCGGGACGCGGGCAACUUCACCGCUAUCACGCAGCUGUCCGUGCCCAUCACCCCGCAGAUUGAGAACCAGACGCUCUGGUUCUACGACUACAACACCUGCGGUGAGGGCGGUGUCGGUGGUAUCAACGUCAACGACAGCGAUUACGAGAACCUGGAGGCGUUCAUUCGCAACGCGGAGCGCCUUAACGGCUCCGAUUCAGACUCCGAUUCUUCCUCGUCCUCGUCGUCGCGCUCUGCCACCCGGUCGGCCACGGCUCACACGUCGAGCGAGACAGGCAGCAACGGUGUGCUCGGCCUCACCGUCGGCAGCGCUUCGAAGCUUGCUGGCUUCCUCAGCGCUGUUGGCGUAAGCCUGGCUUUCCUGUAAGAAGCCCAUUCUACCUGAUGCGCCUCUUCGCCGCCGCUUCCCAUGAACUUUCACUCUGUCGACCCGUCCUCUCUUUGUACUGAUACCCUGGGUUUUCGAGCCCAAGCCUGUGACGAAUAUUGUUGUCUGCUCGUAUACACGUCCUGUUGUCCUUCUAUCCCCUGUAAGCCUGGUUUCAGCGCCUGCUUGUAUACUCACGGUCUAUGCCGUCCUCCACAUCCUACGUUACGAGACAUUGCUACGUUACCAUAGAUCUGUUGACGGCUUCCAUGAAUGCCACAUUGACUCGACUAUA